GGCGAGCCCUUUCUCUAGAGACAGCAAGUAAUAAAAAGACAACAUUUUCAACUGGUUAACACAUACUCACCGUCACAAAGCGGAUAGACCAUGUCAUACCUUACUUACACGAUUUUACUUGCACUGUUCCAUCAACAAAUUGCGUCAAAAGCGGUUCCUGCCACCGCUGAAAAUAAUGGAACGAGUGUUUCAAACACAUCGGUGUCUGACUACUUUAUGUAUUUCGUUUAUGGCAGUAAUCUGCUGAAGGAAAGACUGCAGCUGAAUAAUCCAUCCUCGGUUUUUGUUACAACGGGCAGUUUGAAGUUAGACUUCAGUGCGUAUGUUUUGUUGUGAAGAUGUUGAGAAGUUGGCACCAAGCAUUCAGGAUCAUGUGAUUUAAAUUUGGACACUGGAAGAAAGAGUUCAACAACACCAACUCUUGGCAUGGUAUUGUUGCUACUAUAGAAGAGUCCAAGGGAGAUGUGGUCUGGAAGAUGGACAAGGACAACCUCAUCAGUUUAGACAGUCUCUCAGCCAAUGGCCUCACUUCAGAAGGUGGGCGGAGCUUGGCCAAAGCACUGAAAGACAAUAAAAUGCUCCGAAUUUUCUGGUUGGUGCAAAAUGAGUUGUCAGAUGAUGUAGCACCAGACAUGGCAGAACUGAUCAGAUCCAACACGGGUCUAUCUCACCUCUGGUUAAUCAAUAAUCAGCUGGCAGUUGGUGGAAUCAGACAGCUGUCAGAGGCUCUCUCCCACAACACAUCAAUCAAAGAAAUCAGUUUGAAAGGAAACUGUCUUUCUGAAGAGGAAGAGAAGCUGUUUGAGGCUGAGGGAAGGCUACGCUUCCACUGAGGAGACAGAACUGAGCUGAAGCGUGUGUGUGUGUGUGUGUGUGUGUGUGUGUGUGUGUGUGUGUGUGUGUGUGUGUGUGUGCGCAUGUACAUUGGUCACAUCUGUUACCGAAACUUAGAGAGUCUUUGUUUGUUUUGCGCAUACUACAUAGGAAAUAUUUUUACAUACUGUAUAUGUACAGUGCAUUCGGAAAGUAUUCAGACCCCUUGACUUUUUCCACAUUUUGUUACUUCACAGCCUUAUUCUAAAACUGAUUCAAUUGUUUUUUAUACAAAUCUUCAAAUAAUACCCCAUAAUGAUAAAGCAAAAACAGGUUUUUAGAAAAUGUACUCAGUACUUUGUUGAAACACCUUUGGCAGC